GAUUUGACAGAAAGUGAGUCGUGAUCAUCCGGUGAACGGUGGAGCCGUGUGGGUGGAGAGCCUUCCUAUUUACCUUCCACACAGCUAACACUGCUGUCGUGCCAGCUUUGGCUGAGUGGCUACAUGGACGAAUAGUUAUUCACCGUGUUGGGAUAACAUCUCUAUCUCAUUUCUCGACUUGUUCGUGUGUGAAAGACGGAGACACACUGAGGACAUCCUCUCUGAUUGUUGGCCGAACAACAGAGCGAACGUCGUUAGCCCAGGCUAAGCUAACAGCAGUAACGAGUGGGGGUGGAUUUUCUACAUUUUGGCCCUCGGGAAGCGAUUAUAAAUAACAAUGACAAGCUUAGGAAGCCAUGGAGACGAGCUACUCGGAGGAAGAAGAAGAAAUGUCACUGGAUGAGUAUCGGCUGAGCGAACAAUAAAGAGGUUGUAACCUUAGCAACAGUAGUUCAGCUAAGCGAAGCUAAGUCGGCUAGCUGAACGCUAACACAGAUCAAGGAAGUUGACUACUAACUAGCACACCUUUUGCUACCUAACUCGGCGACUAAUGUAUUUCUGGACCAAGGGUCGCCUUAAAAACGUCUGAGUUAAUACAUUUAAAGAUUGAUGAUGCUCGUUUUUAAAAGCUGAGGUUUAUAAAGUCACACAUUGGUUGUUUUAUUAGCUGGUGAGUCUGAGCUUGUUGUAAACAAAGGAGGUGCUCCACCUGUCCACAGUAACCUUACACCUCCACAGUCAUCGUUUCACGGACAUUAUUGCCUUUUUUUAUUUAUAACUUCACUCCCAGAGAUGGAUUUAAAGACAGCAGUGUUUAACGCAGCCCGGGACGGUAAACUCCGGCUGCUUCAGAAGCUGCUGGAGAACAAAGAUGGACACGAGGUGACCAAGCUGAUGGGCGAGAAGACAAACGGAGCCACGCCGCUGCUGAUGGCCUCCCGGUACGGACACCUGGACCUGGUGGAGUACCUGCUGGAGUGCUGCAGCGCUCCCGUGGAGGUCGGUGGGUCGGUGAACUUCGACGGGGAGACCAUCGAGGGUGCUCCGCCUCUCUGGGCUGCCUCGGCGGCCGGUCACCUGAAGGUGGUCCAGUCUCUGCUGGGCCACGGAGCUUCUGUCAACAGCACCACCCUGACCAACUCCACUCCUCUGAGGGCAGCCUGCUUUGACGGUCACCUGGACAUUGUGAAGUACCUGGUGGAGCACAAAGCUGACCUGGAGGUGGCCAACAGACACGGCCACACGUGUCUCAUGAUCUCCUGCUACAAGGGACACAAGGAGAUAGCACAGUACCUGCUGGAGAGAGGUGCAGAUGUCAACAGGAAGAGUGUGAAAGGCAACACGGCGCUUCAUGACUGUGCGGAGUCGGGCAGUCUGGAGAUCAUGCGGAUGUUACUGCAGUUCGGAGCAUCCAUGGAGCAGGACGGCUACGGAAUGACACCCCUGCUCUCUGCCAGCGUCACAGGCCACACUAACAUCGUAGACGACCUGACGACGCACCAGCAGGUCGGGGUUUCUGUCCCUUACAGUGGAGAGUUUGUCUGCAUAAAUACAAGCCACACGGAGCGCAUUGACGCCCUGGAGCUCUUGGGAGCCACGUUUGUUGACAAGAAGAGAGAUCUGCUUGGAGCUUUAAAAUACUGGAAGAGAGCCAUGGACCUCAGGUACACGGACAGUAACAACAUUGUCCAUAAACCCGAACCCAAGCAGCUGAUCAUGGCAUACGACUACGCCAGGGAGGUAACAAAUGGCGAAGAGCUGGACGGGCUGAUAUCUGACCCAGAUGAGAUGCGCAUGCAAGCACUGCUCAUCCGUGAAAGAAUCCUCGGCCCACAACAUCCAGACACGUCUUAUUACAUCCGUUACCGAGGUGCUGUGUACGCUGACUCUGGGAAUUUUGAGCGCUGUAUCAAUCUGUGGAAGUAUGCGUUGGACAUGCAGCAGAGCAAUCUGGACCCCCUCAGCCCCAUGACGGCCUCCAGCCUGCUGUCGUUCGCUGAGCUCUUCUCCUUCAUGCUGCAGGACCGAGCCAAAGGGCUCCUCGGGACAUCGGUGUCAUUUGAGGACUUGAUGGGGAUCCUUUCCAAGAGUGUGUUGGAGAUUGAGCGGGCAGUUAAACAAAAUGGACCCAUGCCUCCUGACCCUGCUCAGCUCAGCAAGGCCCUGUCAAUCAUCCUGCACCUCGUCUGUCUUUUAGAGAAGGUGCCCUGUACCGCAGAGCAGGACCACUUCAAGAAGGAAACCAUCUACAAAUUCCUGAAGCUCCAGCCGUGUGGUAAGAACGGCUACAGUCCACUCCACCUGGCAGUCGACCGCAACACCACCUGUGUGGGCCGCUAUCCCGUCUGCAAGUUCCCCUCCCUCACAGUCGCCUCCAUCCUUCUGGAGUGUGGGGCAGAUGUGAACUGCCGCGAUGAAGAUGACAACAGCCCCCUUCACAUAGCGGCGUCCAACGGUCACCCUGACAUCAUGAACCUGCUGAUAUCAUGCGGGACUCACUUCGACAGCACCAACGCCUUCCAACAAACGGCCUGCGACCUCCUGGACGAGAAGGAACUGUCCAGGAAUAUAAUCCAGCCCAUAAACCACACCACGCUGCAGUGCCUGGCCGCCAGGGCCAUCGUCAAGCACAGCCUCGACUACCGGGGAAACAUCCCUGAGAAACUAGAGGCCUUCGUCUUGCUCCACAGAUAAUGAUGGUGAAGGAGUUGAGGGGAAUGGAUGGAUGAAAAGAGGAGGGGGGGGUGUGAUCGCAUCGAGCGGACUGGACAGACUGAGGAGCAUUAUAGUUCAAGGUCCGACCCACAAGGUGUUUGAGGAGCUGAAAGACACAACUUUGUGGGUUAGGACUUUUGUGGAGUAUGAACUUGAAGAUUCGCGUGAACAAAAAUGUCCUCGUUCAACCAGGAGAAAUGGAAAAAUGAUGAGAGUAAAUGGAGGAAUGAGUUACCAUUUUCUUCUUCUGUUUGUUUGUUGAUGGAGCCACGGCUCUGACUGGUCACAGCCUGAUCUGUGGGGAUGUAUUACGAGUGGAUUGCAACAUGGACAAACACAGUUGUUUCUCUGGAUGAACUGAGUAAGGGGUUUACGUAUUUUUGCUUUAUAAAAAAUUUGAUUUUUUUUUUGCAUAUUCCACUAUGCUAUUUAUUGAAUGAAACUUGAGAGAUUUUUCUCCAUGCUGGCUCCAACCCAGUCUCAACUUUGCCUGCUUCUCUCUUCUCAAAGCAAGGAUUGAGGCAUUUCUACAUAUGCUGGGACUUCAGGUUAUUUUUUGUUUGUCCCAUCACUGUUGCCAACAGUCAUGGACCCUUCCUCAGUCAUCAUUAGGUUACUCUUUUUUUUAUAUACUUUUACAAAACAUUUAGUCAUCGUCAUGCAACUCUGGAUAUCUGCCAAGUGUUGUGGAUUCUGGACUCAUUUGUCGUUCCCACUUUAGUGUAUAACAAAGCUUUACGAGAAGGGUUUAAUGUCUGCGAACACCAUAAGUGCUUUAAUCUUCCUAUGCACAGGCUAGGCUGUUGGAAAGAGAGACUGUUGUAUUCUGUGCCGGCACUUGUCUGUGCAAUAUCUCAUGAGUUUUUGUGUUUACCUCAUUGCUGCCGUUUCCUUCAGUAUCCCCUUACUUCACCCAGAGAAGGGAGGGGGAUGCGAAACCAUUGUACUGAUUGUUGUAAGAAGAGUGAAUGAAUUUGAGUGAAUGUGUGUGUGAGUGCCACGCAGUGUGUUUCUUGUAUGCGGAGUGUUUUUUGAGCUUACACAAAUUAUUGAGGGCAAGAGUUUGGUGAAGUGGCACUCAUGGAGAUUCCAUAAUGCACAUGACUGCCACUAAGACACAACAGCGGCCAAACUUGGUGUCUACAACCGCUGGAGUGUGCAGGCUUGUACACAGAAGUGACCUCUUAACGUUCGUACAUGGCCGACCUUUAAAUGCCAUCGUUCUUUUAAUAAUCAUGAUCAGAAAGAGAAAAAAAAUCUAGGUAGGUUUACCAACAUUGGCCCACUGUGCAUGUGCAGCAGCAGCAGCAUAUCAACCAACCGAUCACUGCAGAAAACCUUUCAUGAGAACUCCUAGACUCCAAACUAGACUACAGCUAGGAUCGUUCUGCUCAUUUUGUACAACCGUCGUCCAAUUGUAUGAGAACUGAAGACACGAAUGAGUGGGAGGACGCCUCGACGUACACAGUAGUAAAGCUUUGUGAAUUAUCUUGUUUGCACAUUAGCUUUAGAUGUGUGGGUUGAAAAAAAGGGCUUUUCAUAAUUCAUAGAUUUUCAUAUUUAACCUGACAGUUCAAAACCAGACAUAGAAAAUGUAUGAGGACUCCCAGGGCAACUUGAUUUGAAUCUGCACUUUACUACAGCGGAGUUUAACAUUUGAUAUGGCAUUAAUCAAGUUCAUGUCUUAAUAACCAGUUUGACAAUAAACCCAUGUUGCACUUGU